AUGGCUGGCCCACGAAAUGGAAAAUUUGAGUUUUCGCAAACUCACUUUGAUCAAUUGCAGAGUUCCAUUAACAGACUCUACCCCGGUCCAGAUCUGGGGAGCAUAUGUCUUGCUCUCAGGACCGACGCCAAAACGUCGGUCACGUUAUUAUCAUCCCUUAGAACACCAGGUACGAGCGGUCAGUACCCAGCCGACUACCAGUGGGAUGUAGUUGGUGGGUGGCUAUAUCGCGGAUUGAACGGCGUUCCAAUGCCUGACCGGUAUUGCUUUUACGGACGGUAUGGAUCCGACGCAAUUGACCAUUUUUGGGAAACAACCAAUCCAGACGAUCCAGAUGGACAAGACAAGCUUCAUCUUCUCCUUGCUCGUAUAAGCAAGGGGUCAAUCGAACUACCGACCCAGAAAGAAAAUGGACUGUUAUGCUUGGAGUUUCGAUUUGAGGACCUCCCAAUCUCUUUCGAACAGUAUAAACCGUGGGAUGAAUUGAAUCCUGCAAAGUCACAUGAGGUGAAGUCUGGGCCCGCUGGUGGCUCGUCAAAGGGCAGAGGCGGUUCAUCCAACGGCGGAGAAGGUUCAUCCAACGGCGGAGGAGGUUCAUCCAACGGCGGAGAAGGUUCAUCCAACGGGGGAGAAGGUUCGUCCAAGGGGGGACAAGGCUCUUCCAAGGGGGGACAAGGCUCUUCCAAGGGGGGACAAGGCUCUUCCAAGGGGGGACAAGGCUCUUCCUCAAGCAAUGUCAUAGAUUUGACCAUUUCGCGUGAGAGCUCAGAGGCGCCAGUAUCGCCCAAAACACCAACGCCCAAGACACCAACGCCCAAGACACCAACGCCCAAGACGGACAAGGGCAAGGGAAAAGCGCCACUUUUAUAUCCAAAUGGACUCGCAGGUGGUUCAGGCUCUGGCGGGAAUGCAGAUGACGCCGACCCCGCUCAGGAUGAUGGACACGAUGAGGAUGAUCAGCCAGGCGAAAGCAAUGAGCAGCGGGAUCAGGCUGUGAUUGAGGCCAUUGGUGUCCAUCCUAAGCUGGAUGAUGAUGCAUUCUGGCAACGCGUUUGCGAGUUCUUCGUAAAAGAUACAACGGAUCUAGACAGCCCCGCUAAUAGGCGCUUCAAAAUUCCGGGCUUGCUGAAGCCGCUUUACGAUUAUCAGGCAGCGAUGGUGCUAUGGGUGCUUUCUCGAUACCCGGAGCACAGGCUGACUGCCGCGGGUAUGGCGGAUGAGAUGGGCUUGGGCAAAACAUUCAUGUGUAUUGCCACCAUGGUUGUGUUUAACCACAUCUGCACCGCGAAAGCGGAUGUAGAAAGGAGCUUGAACACGCAUGAACAUAGGAAGCACCUUCGCCCGAGACAUGCCGGGGGCCGCACGUGCCCCUCGCAGGACGAGGUCACCAAGAAAUAUGGAAUACAAUGUCCAUGUGUGCAAGGCUCAUGGUCCCAAAGAAUCGCAGACACCAUGCACGAUCUUCCUUCGGUGAUCAUUGCCCCUCCAAGACUCUUGACCCUGUGGGCUGCUGAAUGGGACAAGUUUGUUGAGCCGGGGACCAGCAUGCAGUUGCAUGUUUACAGCUCAACGUUCAAAUAUCUCGACAAGUAUGCUUCUGAUGAGGUUUUGGUAAGGCGUGCCAGUGCCAGCAACAAUGUCAUGACGGACAGGCCGCACAUGGUAACCCAAGGAAGAACUAGAUUGUACUACACUCAGCGCCAGGGAUUUGAAGGUGGCAGCUCUCAGGUUGUCCUAAUUUCACACAAUCGUGCGGGAGGCGUCAUAGGCCACUUUGAAGAAGAAGUUGGAAGAAACUUUCCAGAGAACAUCACGGCCAAGGAGAACAAAUUGGCUUGCUCCUUUGUUUUUUUCGACGAGAUGCAUGAAUAUCGCGGCAGUACUAUCACCAAAAGAACUGCACCAUUCAAGUUGCUCCAUGAAGUUGCUUACAAUAAUUCAGGACCAACAGUUGCAGUCUGUGUUUCGGGCAGCUUGAUGACCCUGGGUCCAACCGCCUGGGCCCCCCUCAUCAACUACUCAUUCCUUCCUACCAAUAGACUGCCGACCCAUGUCGGUUUCGCAAGCAUGAAAAGGGCCAACUUUGUGAAGGAGUUCGCCGAACUUUCCAGUGCUUGGAAAUAUGCUGGCCAGAAGGUGGACAAGGCAGAUGCUGCGACAGAUGUCAAAUUCCGGACCUCGAUCCAAUAUCUCCAAGAAACAUGCGAAAUCAUGUUUCCCAGGAUGAUCAUUAGACGAACGAAGACCGACAAGUUCCGGGGACGUGAAAUAUUGGAACUCCCUGUCCUGACUCCUAUUUGCGAAAGACUGGACCUGCCAGAGGGAACCACAAGUGAUAGUAUUUCGCGCCUUUGCAAAAACGUUCGAGCGUUUCUGAUGAACAAAAAAAAGUCAACCGAUGAUUUGGUAGGUUCCGAAAUACCCAUUUUGACAAACCAGGCCGCAGCCCUCAAGGGGCCAGUGAAGAAAUGGUCUGGCAACCAUUACUACAACCUGAUGCAGGUGACUUCAUAUCCAUUUCUAGCACGUAUGGGAGGGGCCACAGGACUUGAUAUCAGAGCUGAAAAUAUCGACAAACAAGCAAUCGACUACACCAGGUUGCUCAAUGUGCCCGGGACCACCCGACAAGAGCUCUUGAAUGCUCUUAGGCGAUCACCUCUCUGGGAGUACCGAGGGCAUCUAGCGGCAAGGUCACCCAAGUACAUGUACUUGGAAAGACUUGUCCAAGACCUUGUGCAUCUUCGCCAUGCCUCGCCCAGCAAUCAGCCCGACGAGGGACCUGCUGACAAGAGCUAUGUCCGCCAUAUGGUAGUAUUCACCGAGACUCCGGUCUCGGCGUUUAUUACAACCAUGUUACUCAUGGACCGCGUCGAGGAUAUAGAAGUUUUGCUUUUUCACUCAGGACUUCCCCCCGCUGCAAUGACAAAGUCGCGCCCCGAGCACUCUCGCCAGGCGUUCCUGGACUAUUUCGAUAGAAACUGUAGGAAGGGGGAGAAGAUUAAGAUAAUCGUCGGGCCAUACAGCUUGCUGUCCACGGGUAUCAACCUACAGUCUCGAACUUCUCGCGCCGUGCUCAUGGACGUGGGAACAGCAACUCAUCGCUCACAAGCUAUCGCACGUGUGUAUAGAUUGGGGCAGAAGAUGCCGGUCGAAAUAUACGAACUAUGGAGCUCGAAGAAUUUGUUCGAAGUCCAUCGCAUGAGAGCCAUAGAACGUUUUGAUGAGAUAAUGGACUCUUCUAAUAUUUGGGGAGGGAAUGUGUAUCGACCCGAGGUGAACUGGGAGCACUUUGGAGUGCCUCCUCUGCCAGAGGGAGACGAUAUGGGCGAGGAUGAAGAGAUCGAGUACUCCCCCGAGCCUUCCCUUUCAGGACUCAGCGAUGUCUGA